UGUUUUCAAAUAAAAAAUAAGAAUGAAUUUUCAUUUGUCAACAAAUUUACAAAUAAGGUGUUAACUUACCCAAAUGUAAAAUUAGUUAAUUGGUAGUCUGCCAUAAAAGAUCUAAUCUUUGGCAAAGCUUUUAUUUUUAAAAAUUUUAAUGAAAUUCUGGGUUGAAAUUGUUGAAAUAUUUUAAGAUAUAACUGGUGAAAAAAUGGAUAACACAACUAUAAACCACACCAAGUUUGCAUUCAAUAAUUAAGAGCAGUAACUUUAAAUUAAAGAUUUACGGGAAUUGUUCCGAAGUAGCUCAUUAAGCGACAGGACAGAGAGAUGAAUUUAUCGAAUAAUAUAUUAUAUUUCCAUAUUCAAUAAAAACUGGCCUGGAACAUAAUAUUUCGCAUUCCGAGUAACUGAGCUACAUAACACAAAUAACUCUUCUUAUAUGAUAUGAUUUAUAUAUCAACAUCGGCCCGGACACCAUAUAUACCUUAACGUUGAGCUGAAAAGACUGGUACUAGUAUACGUAUCAGUAAAAUCUUCAAUCAGUUCAGUAUACUGCAUUAGUUCCAUUUCUGAAACCAUUCAUUUCUUUCACGCCAUUACCCUUCGUAAAACUGCAAGUAUCACAGUCCUUUUAUAAUCGUAUUAAACAUAACAACAGUUUAAAAUUGCAAGUAUUCAACAAAGCAAGAACUGUAGUUAUGCAACCUAUGUGGUCUUCGGCUGCUGUUGCUGCUGCGCAUAUUCAAGCUGCUUUGGUAGCCGCUGCUGCAGUCGUUAGCAGUAGCAAUGGCAAUAGUAGGAUUAGUCCUAUUAACUACAAAUCCGCCAAUUGCAAGACUAUAAUAAAUAGUAAUAGUGUUAGAAGUAGCGGCGCAAAUAGAAGCGUCAGCAAAGGAGAAACGCAGUCGCCAAAACAUUGCGAUAGUAUUGCAGGUGAUAACUUUUCAUUGGCUUCUUCUGUGCCAAUAUACUUAUAUUCUACCGAUGGUGGUGUCACUCCUCCAGAAUCUCCCAUGACUCAUUUGAACUCGAUUUAUCAUAAUAAAUUUCGUGUAUCACAAGUAGAUAUCGAUAACACUGUUAGUUCAAAUGAAAGAGGACAAUCAGAAUUAAAUGAAAUAACUACAUUUAAUGCAAUUGAAAUGGACGAAGAACCCAAUGAGCAAGGUAUUUCGGUAACAGAUACACCGCUCAAUUUAUCUAAACAUCAAUUGUCACCGUGUCCUUCACCACCAUCUUUUACAUCCAGCUCCCCCGGAUUACACAAACAGCGUGAAGUAUUGGCUUUACUUACGUCUUCUUCUCCGAUAUCUUGGUCGACGCCAGCAGAAACCUCACAUGCGGAAAUUGAAUGUGAUGACAAUACGAGUGGAUUAAAAUUAAAGAACUCAAUGGAGGUAACACCUGUAGCAGCAGCAGGUUUACCUGGGAUAUACUUUCCAUAUACAACGAAAAAUCGUAUCCAAAAGCAUAUCACAGUCACAAGAACUUCAAGUACUACAGCUCAUCGGUGUUCAUCCCCUUGCAAUGAUCAAAGGCGAACCUGUUUAACUAAUGGUGAAUUAAGCGAAGCUGGUGCAAAUUUAUUGGCAUGCCGUAUGUGGAGCGCAGCCGUUAAUGAACCGGAUACUAUCUCAAAUCCAGAUCACUUAAAUCAUCAACAGCAACAUUUGUUUCAACCAACGUCAAACCUAGCCUACCGAAGCAGCCCUCAAAGAAGCAAGCCUGAGGAUGAUAUGUCUACAGAAAGUACCCAUUUUUCCACAAUAACAAAAAACUGUGACUCUAUAUUGAAAUGCGUGGAAAAAUUGGAAGAAACGAAACCAGUCAUUGAUAAAUUUCGACCUUUAGCAGUACCCCAACUGCAAGAACAAAAUCAAAAUGACCACCAUCAACACCAAAAUGAUCAUACAUUUUCACCGCACGCGCACUCUUUACGUCGAAAACACCAAGAACAACAUCUGCUUAAGCCCGAUGUUCUCAGUGUUUCUGAAUCGAUAGAAAUUAUGUACGAAAAUAAUCAUAAAAACAAAAACCAAUCCAUAGUGGCAAAUAACUGUAAGGGAAAUAUCUUACACGCUACGCCCCACAUAAAACGGCCCAUGAACGCUUUUAUGGUAUGGGCGAAAGAUGAACGGCGAAAAAUAUUAAAAGCCUGUCCGGAUAUGCACAAUUCAAAUAUUUCAAAAAUUCUUGGAGCUCGUUGGAAGGCCAUGACCAAUGCUGAUAAACAACCAUACUAUGAAGAACAAUCCCGACUAUCAAAACUACAUAUGGAACAACAUCCUGAUUAUCGUUACCGGCCUCGCCCGAAACGCACAUGUAUCGUAGAUGGGAAAAAAAUGCGUAUAUCGGAAUACAAGGUCUUGAUGCGGAAUAGACGUGCUGAAAUGCGCCAAUUAUGGUGCCGUGGUAAUGCCGUUACAGGUGGGGUAACAAACACUAACACAUCGAACUGUGCGGCGGGACAAUUACUUAACGAUACGGAUGUUAUCGUUGGCUGCAAUAUAAAAAGUUCCAUUGCGGCAGCUUAUCAUCUUCAAGAUAUGGAUCAUUCAAUUAAUAACACAACGGCAGCAACAUUCGGAGUGACCCAAAUAGAUAAUUCAAGUGUGGUUAUGGAAGCAGUGGUCAAUUCAAAUGAAGCGACAUCACUUUGCGGAAAUUAUUAUUACCCGCCUGAUAGCAUGUCCCCGCACUCUGGCUUUUCUUCAGAAGGAAACACCCUCAGCUUCAGUUCUCGAGAUGAGGAUUGAAAUUAUUCGUACAAAAAAUAUAUAUCAAAUAUUAUCAAAUAGUACCAUUAUUAAGUUAUGUAAAGCAAAUACUGAGUAAUAAUAAUUAUGUACUUAAGCAAUUUUAUUGAACAAUGUGCCAUUCUCACGACGUAUACAAAGAUCAUAAAUAAAAUGCAUAUAAAAAUAUACAUGCUUAUGACAUACUUGUAAGCUUGUGUAUAUAUUGAGUUUUAACACAUAUUCUAGAAUCUUUUCCAAAGUUAUGUUAUAUAUAAGCUAACACCUAUUCCAAAGCGGUGAAAUAUUUUUAGUUAAUUACAUUUUUGUACACAUUUCAACAUAACCAUUUUAAUAGUUUGAUAUAUUUUUGUUUUAUAUACAAAUUAUAUAAGAAUAAAUUUAAAAGCGAGGAAAAAAGUAAAUGCUUCAAAUUUCCAACUCGCAUCCAACGAUAUAUAUUGUGCCAUAUGCUAAAGGUAAAUAGUACAUAAUGAUUCAUAAAAUUAUUAGACAUACUCGUGUAUACACAUUGGGUAGGCUACAAUUAUG